CAAACAACGAGUUAGAAGGCUUCGCCUCCGACCACAAAGACCAGUCGUCCAUUGAGCCCUACUUUUCUCUCUCUCUCUCGGCCGAAGAUCGGAGGGCGGCGGCGAUGGGCGGCGACAGGAAGUCCAAGAAGAAGAGAAGAAGUUCCCUCUCUGCCUCUGAUUCUGAAGACGGGGGGAAAACCAAAAGGCGUAGAACUGGAGAAUCGAAGAGCGAAAAGAAAGACAAAUCCAAGAAGAAAGACCGCGACAAGUCCCAUAAAUCCUCCAAACACCGCCACCAUUCUCAUAGAGAUAAGAAGUCAAAGGCAAAGGGGAAGCACCAGAGUAAACAUGACAAGCAUGAUGGCAAGCUGAAACUGAAAUUCCAAGAGCUGUCUACCGAUGACUACUUCUCGAAGAACAAUGAGUUUGCAACCUGGCUGAAGGAAGAAAAAGACGUGUUCUUUUCAGAACUCUCGUCGGAGUCUUCCCGGGAUCUGUUCUCACAAUUUAUCCUUGAUUGGAACAGCGAGAAGCUUGAUCCCCGAUACUACGAGGGCAUUGCGGCAGGGCCCCGGACAGCCCAUAAAUGGAAAAUCAAACAGUAGUCAGUUGGAUUUUCCAUACUGUUUGUUAUGUGUCAUGCUUGCUUUGUUCUCUUUGCUUUGCUAAAACUAAGUACAUAAACAUAGCCUGUAGAAAUAUGCAAUGUUAUUUGCUGAUUUGUUGCAAUUCAUCUAAUCUACUUGAAAGAGGAUGA